CGGGUGAUGUGAGCCCAAUCAUCCCAUCCAUAUUUGCUCGCAGCCAUCCACUGGUCCGUCCGAGAGUAGCAGAGACCCGGCUUCUCUGCUCUUGGUCGGCGUAGAAUAUGGCUUCGUCCAACUCCAAGUCCAUGGAGCGGCACCACUCCAUCGACGCCCAGCUCCGACUCCUGGCACCCGGCAAGGUCUCUGAGGACGACAAGCUCGUCGAGUACGACGCCCUCCUCGUCGACCGUUUCCUCGACAUCCUCCAGGACCUCCACGGCCCACACCUCCGCGAAUUCGUGCAGGAUUGCUACGAGGUGUCGGCGGAGUACGAGGGCGACCGGGACGCGGGGCGGCUGGAGGAGCUGGGGCGCAGGCUGACGGGGCUGGCGCCCGCGGACGCCAUCGUGGUGGCCAGCUCCUUCUCCCACAUGCUCAACCUGGCCAACCUCGCCGAGGAGGUGCAGAUCGCCAGCCGCCGCAGGAACAAGGUCAGCAAGCGGGGGGACUUCGCGGACGAGGCGUCCGCCACCACCGAGUCCGACAUCGAGGAGACGCUCAAGAGGCUCGUCUCCGGCCUCGGCAAGUCCCGCCAGGAGGUCUUCGACGCGCUCAAGAACCAGACCGUGGACCUCGUCUUCACCGCACACCCCACGCAGUCCAUCCGGAGGUCGCUCCUCCAGAAGCACGGAAGGAUUCGGAAUUGCCUGACGCAGCUGUAUGCCAAGGACAUCACGGCUGACGACAAGCAGGAACUCGAUGAGGCUCUUCAGAGGGAGAUUCAAGCUGCAUUUCGAACUGAUGAAAUACGAAGAACGCAGCCCACUCCGCAGGAUGAAAUGCGUGCCGGGAUGAGCUACUUCCAUGAAACUAUAUGGAAAGGUGUACCAAAGUUCUUGCGCCGUGUGGAUACAGCUCUGAAGAAUAUCGGAGUCGAUGAGCGUCUUCCCUACAAUGCUCCACUCAUUCAGUUUUCGUCUUGGAUGGGUGGUGACCGUGAUGGAAAUCCCAGAGUUACACCAGAGGUGACAAGGGAUGUAUGCCUGUUGGCCAGAAUGACGGCUGCUAACUUGCACUUCUCUCAGAUAGAAGAGCUCAUGUUUGAGCUCUCAAUGUGGCGAUGCAACGAUGAACUUCGUGUCCGCGCUGAGGAACUACACCGUGUUUCGAGGAAAGCUGAAAAACAUUACAUAGAGUUCUGGAAGCAAGUUCCCCCGACUGAACCUUACCGUGUGAUCCUUGGCUAUGUACGUGACAAAUUAUACUACACGCGCGAACGUUCACGCCAUCUGUUGACUAGCGGAUUUUCCGACAUCCCUGCAGACUCUACCUUCACCAACGUCGAAGAGUUCCUGGAGCCACUGGAGCUCUGCUACCGAUCACUGUGCGCGUCCGGCGACAAGACGAUCGCCGACGGGAGCCUUCUGGACUUCCUGCGGCAGGUGUCGACCUUCGGGCUGUCCCUGGUGAAGCUGGACAUUCGGCAGGAGUCGGAGCGGCACACGGACGCCCUGGACGCGAUCACCACGCACCUUGGCAUCGGGUCGUACCGGUCGUGGCCCGAGGAGAAGCGGCAGGAGUGGCUGCUGUCGGAGCUGAGGGGCAAGCGCCCGCUCCUGGGCUUGCGCGGCGACCUCCCCGACACCACGGACGAGGUCGCGGACGUCCUGGGCACCUUCCGCGUCCUCGCGGAGCUCCCCGCGGACUGCUUCGGCGCCUACGUCAUCUCCAUGGCCACGGCCCCGUCCGACGUGCUGGCCGUGGAGCUCCUGCAGCGGGAGUGCCACGUGGCGCACCCGCUGAGGGUGGUCCCGCUGUUCGAGAAGCUGGCCGACCUGGAGUCCGCCCCGGCCGCCGUGGCGCGGCUCUUCUCCAUCGACUGGUACAUGGAGCGGAUCGGCGGCAAGCAGGAGGUCAUGAUCGGGUACUCGGACUCCGGCAAGGACGCCGGCCGGCUGUCGGCGGCGUGGCAGCUCUACAAGGCGCAGGAGGAGCUCGUGGAAGUGGCGAAGCGGCACGGCGUGAAGCUCACCAUGUUCCACGGGAGAGGGGGGACUGUCGGAAGGGGCGGCGGGCCCACCCACCUGGCCAUCCUGUCGCAGCCGCCGGAGACCGUUCACGGGUCGCUGAGGGUCACGGUGCAGGGAGAGGUCAUCGAGCACUCCUUCGGGGAGGAGCACCUCUGCUUCAGGACUCUGCAGCGGUUCACGGCCGCCACGCUCGAGCACGGCAUGCACCCGCCGGUCUCCCCCAAGCCCGAGUGGCGCGCUCUCAUGGACGAGAUGGCCGUCGUGGCCACCGAGGAGUACCGCUCCAUGGUCUUCAAAGAGCCUCGAUUCCUCGAGUACUUCAGAUCGGCGACACCUGAGACUGAGUACGGUAGGAUGAACAUCGGGAGCCGGCCGUCAAAGAGGAAGCCUGGCGGGGGCAUCGAGACGCUGCGCGCGAUCCCGUGGAUCUUCGCCUGGACCCAGACGCGGUUCCACCUCCCCGUGUGGCUGGGGUUCGGCGCCGCUUUCAAGCACGCGAUGCGCAAGGACAUCAGGAACAUCCAGGCUCUCAGGGAGAUGUACAACGAGUGGCCCUUCUUCAGGGUCACUCUCGACUUGCUCGAGAUGGUUUUCGCCAAGGGAGACCCCGGCAUCGCGGCCUUGUACGACGAAUUGCUCGUCGCCGAUGAUCUCAAACCCCUCGGGGAGCAGCUGAGGAGCAACUAUGAGGACACGAAGAAGCUCCUCAUCCAGGUUGCUGGUCAUAAGGAUGUUCUGGAAGGAGACCCUUACCUGAAGCAGCGGCUGCGGCUGCGUGACCCGUACAUCACAACCCUCAACGUCUGUCAGGCCUACACACUGAAGCGGAUCAGGGACCCAGGGUUCCAAGUGACGACGCAGCCGCCGCUGUCCAAGGAGUUUGCCGACGAGAACCGGCCAGCCUCAGCCUCACUGGUCAAGCUCAACGCGGCGAGCGAGUACGCACCGGGACUGGAGGACACGCUCAUCCUCACCAUGAAGGGCAUCGCUGCCGGCAUGCAGAACACGGGCUAGAUUCAGACCGUAUCGCCUCUGUUGGCUGUAAACCUGUGCCUCUGUUUCUCAAGGAAUAAAAUGUGUCAAUUAAUAAUGUAAACGCCUUUUAGAAGCGUGCUCGAUGAUAAUGUGAAAUGGAACAUUUCGAUUGUUCAGACAGUGUAUAAACUGUACUCCAAAAUAGACGGUUCUCUUUUUAUGAUCUU